AAAUGUUCGUGAGAUUAGCUGGUAGUCAAUCUAUGCGAAUAAAAGCAUGGGAUGGUUUAAGAAGCGCGUUAAUCAUGUGGGAAUUGUGACGCAAAAAAACCUAAUAGAAAUGAAAAGGAACUCAUUUCGUUUAGCAAUUCAAAUCUUGUCGCCUGCUAUCUUUUUUUCAAUACUGUUUGGACUGUAUUGGCUCGAUACUUGGAACAUCAGUAAGGAUCCAGAUGUAAGCUACACAAGGAAGGCGUAUUCGGUGACUGCAGACAAGAUUCCAGCUUGUAGUUAUGUCAAGAAGGAUGGGACGCGUUGCAGGACGAUAGGAUACGUCCCACAUGGUGACUCUGUAGUUGAGGAAAUCAUGGAACACGUCAAGGCCAUCAGCGGAUACUCUGACAAAGACAUCAUAUCGUUCAAUUCGGAGACAGAUUGCAACGUUUACAUGAAAUCGAACCCUAACAUGGUGCAGGGCGUGUACCAUUUUUAUUUAGAUUACGGCUGUGAAGACAAUCGUCUUUAUCCAAAAAAGUUAGACAAGCAGAGAUGCUACAACACAAAAUGGAAAAAGGAGAACUUGGUUGGUCUGAGGUACCUGAUUCAGUACAACCAGAGUGCUCCAGGGUAUGAGAUGCCACGCACGCUCAUGUCUGUUCAGAUUCCGAUGAUAAAAGUACUGGAGAAGGCUAUAUUUCGGGUUUUUGGUGACUACAGUUACGAAUUCAAGCUAAAAAAAUAUCCCCAUCCCGCGGUCACGUCAAGUGAAAUUUACAUAAAUUUUGCCGUCUCGUCGGUCUUUGCGCCGAUCAUGCUGAACCUGAUUAUUCAGGUCAACGCGUUGGUCAGAGAAAAGCAAUUGAAGUCCCGACAAAGCAUGGUGCUGAUGGGGCUGACGACCAGUUCCUACUGGAUUGCAUGGAUAGGCAUGAACGUUCUUCUGAACAUCUUGGUUUCCUUCGUUAUCAUCGGCCUUGGGAAAGCGUUUGGAAUCGCAAUUUUUGUGCGUAACAGCUUUAUAACAUACGCUUUGUUAAUCUUGUUGUUUUCUAUAGCGAUCGUUCCGGUUGGGGUUUUAUUGUCGGUUUUGAGUCCGAAUUUGACGCUCGCUAUGUUGUCUGGGUUCUUCAUCUUUCUGUUUGGGCUCAUAUUGCAGUUUUACAUUGACCUCAUGUACUGGAACACGUCAAAUAAGUACAUUCAGAAUUUUUUUGCGCUGCUCCCGUUUUCGAUAUUUACCAAGAGCGCGUUGGACCUGUGCUUUGAGGACACUAGUGAAUUGAAAACCGGGUUGAAAUGGAGCAUGAUCAACAAUCACUCGUACUGGCCGAUUGCCAAGACGUACAAGUUUUUGGUGGUUGAUUUCUUCAUUUACUUGGUGUUGGGAGUUUACUUCGAUCAUAUGGUGUAUUUUGGCUACAGCCCGUGGUUUUUUUUGACGAGGAGGUAUUGGGGAGGGGGCGAGAAGAGAGGGGAAACGGCGUUGAGCAUGGAGGAGUACUCGUUCGGCGAGGAUAGGGACGUGUUGAGCGAGGAGAAAAUGAUUAGAGAGAACCGCUGUCCGGACUUGAAGCGAAUGUUGGUGAUAAACAACAUGUGCAAGACGUUUGAGUCGCGGUUGUUUUGCAUAAAUGGGAGGAGGUUGUACGCGGUGAAGAAUUUGUAUUUGAGUGCGAGGGAGGGGGAGGUCCUGUGCUUGUUGGGGCACAAUGGAGCGGGGAAAACGACGGUGAUUCGGACGUUGAUUGGGUUGCACAGGGCGACAUCGGGGGAUGCAUUGGUGUAUGGGAACAGUAUUAACACGGAGAUGAAUAGGAUUCAGGAAAUAAUGGGGGUGUGCUAUCAGCACGACAUAUUAUGGGAGGAUUUGACGGCGAGCGAGCAUUUGGAGAUAUUUGCGAAAUUGAAGAACGUGUUUGGUCAGGAGAUGAAGAGUCAGGUGGCGGGGAUGUUAGAGGACGUGGCGUUGACGGCGGUGGCGAACGUGCCGGUGAAGUAUUAUUCUGGGGGGAUGAGGAGGAGGCUGUCGGUGGCGAUUUCGUUGAUAGGGGAUUCGAAGAUAGUGUAUUUGGACGAGCCGACGACGGGGAUGGAUCCGAUUUCGCGCCAGCAGGUGUGGAAGUUGAUCAACAAGGUGAGGGAUAAGAGGAUCAUAUUGUUGACAACGCAUUCGAUGGAGGAGGCGGAGAUUUUGAGCGACCGAAUAGCGAUAAUGAGGAGGGGUCGGUUGGCGACGGCUGGGACAGAGUUGUCGUUGAAGAAGAAGUACGACAACGCCUAUAUUUUGACGGUGAUUUCGCGGAAGGAUACGAUUGAGAAGACCGAGGACGCGGUGGCGGAGUGGGCGAAUAUGUGCCGGUCGAAGGCGGAGGGUGGAGAGAAGUGCAAGCGCGACAGCGCUCGAUUGCUUAGUCGGAAGGGUGUGAUUUUGAGGUACAGGGUGUCGGCGACGUACGAGGACGAGUUGCCGUUGUUGUUUGAGGCGUUGGAGGAGCUGAAGCGUCAGUCGCUGAUUACGGACGUGCAGGUGCAUAUGACGACGUUGGAGAAUGUGUUUUUGGACGUGGCUAGAGAGAAGAAGAGGGAGGAGAAGAAGAAGAGCGUACUGCGGACGGGUGGGGUUCGAGAGAAGUUGAGGAGUAACAAGGUGAGGGGGGGGAUAGUGGGGUUUGGGGUGUUGUUGGCGGUGUGCUUGUCGAUAGUUUUAUACGUGGUGCUGCAGAGGAGGGAGGAGAGAGAGAGGUUGGAGGUGGUGCCGAUUUUUUACACGAGGGAGUUGGAAUAUCCGUUGGAUAAGGUGCAUUUCAGGACAUCGGUGAUAGCGACGGACGUGAGGUCGAAUUCUUGCAUACUUUCGUGUAGGGUGGCGGACGUUAGGGUGCAGGUGAGAUUGAGGGUUUAUUACCUGGCGAAUGGGCAGUGGAGGGAGCAUGUGUACAAGAGUCCCGUGAGCAUGGACAGGUACGGGACGAUGAUGGUUUUUUUGAACGAUUUGGCGGAGGGGACGCCGUACCGGGCGUUUGUGGUGAGGGAGGGGCCGACGGUUGGGAGGAGUGAGGUGACGAGGUUCAGGACGGCGCCGGGGUGGAUGCGGGAAAAGAAGGUGGUUCAGUUUGGAGCGACGAGUGGGUUCGGAACGAGCAACGAGAGGUGGGAUUCGAUGCGCAGUGAAGGGAGGGAGUUGGACUUUUUCUUGCUGGCGGGGGAUUUGAUUUACGGGGAGUACGACAAGACGGAGGAGGAGUUUUAUGCGAGGUGGGGAGAGACGUUGGGGAAGGAGUCGUUUAGGUCGAUGAGUAGUGGGACGGGUUGUUGGGCGACGUGGAACGAUCAGGAGUUUAGGUCGGACUGGGAGAGGCCGUUGGGGUCGGUGGAGUUGGAGAACGAGUUGGCGGAGUCGAGGAGGGCGAUGGUGAGGAGUUUACCGUACGUGCUGGGGCCUGGGUUGGGGUUUGGGGAGCAGAGUUCGGACUUGUAUAGGAGUUUUUCGUACGGUCGCGUGGCGGAAGUGUUUAUACUGGAUUUAUGGUUCGAGAGGGUGGCGAAGGAGUUGAUUAUAAGCAGGAGGCAGAUGAAUUGGUUGAAGGAGGGGUUGUUGAGGUCGGCGGCGAGGUUCAAGGUGAUAGUUGGGGGGGUGCCGAUUACGGACUUUCAUUUGUUGAACGUGGAGGUGAAUUCGUGGAACCGGUUUCCCGGACAGAGGAAGGAGUUGUUAGAGUGGAUAGAGGGGAAUCGAAUAGGGGGGGUGUUGUUUGUGUCGGGGGGUCUACAGUUUGGAGCGUUGGCGAGGGUGGUGGUGGACGAGGAGAUGAAGGAGAAGCAGGUGAAGAUAAUGGAGGCGAUAGUGGGUCCGGUGGGUGCUUAUCUUAAUCCGGAAUUUGCGUUUAAUCCGUGGCUUAAGUUUUUGAGCAAGGAUUUUGAAGGGUUCGUGAGCACGUGGUCGACGACGUACUUUGAGUUGGAUUUUGAGUCUGGGACGAUUACGGUGGAUUAUGUGGAUGAUCGCAAGAGGUCAUUGUUGAAAAAGGUGGUGAGUAUGUAUGGAGAGAGUUGA